UAGAUUUAUAUGAAAAAAGCUAUAGGUAUGCAUUCCAUUCUUGAAACCAAACACGAUAUUUUCCGCGUUUUAAGGUGGUUUAGCGUAUGUUCCUCAAACUCUGUGGCCCACUGGAGCUUCUUCUGCGAACCACCAGCUUUUGCCAGUCCUCCGCAAGCGCUGUUGCCGGAAUGCGCCCUAAAUACUAACGAACCCGAGUAUAAAGGGUCUCAGGAUAUAACUUUUUUGGGACUGCCCUGUUUACCAUGGUCGGGAUAUAAAAUGAUUUCUGACGAUGUAAACAUGUUGUUUUCGAACGAAUCUGAUAUUUUGGCUUCGAAAAACUACUGUAGAGAUCCGAAAGGCGUUGGAGAUGGUACUUUUUGCUAUGUUUUAAAUCAGAACGCGUCGAAAAAGUCGGUGGAAAAGCAAUAUUGUCGUUUGAGAAAUUGCAAAUCGCAACUUUGCAAGAUGGCAGGAACAGGCAAUGACUUUAUAGGGCAAGUUUCAACUACUAGGGCUAAUAGAACUUGCGAUAGUUGGGAUCCUACAACAAAAUCGGUUCAUUUGAACUACAUGUAUAACUUUAACGGAUCACUUUUUGCCGAAAUGAAUCCAUUGGAUGCGAAGAACUAUUGCAGAAAUCCGAACAGGGAUAUAUCAGGUAGUUGGUGUUAUACCACUGAUCCAGAAAUUGUUCAAGAUGUUUGCGAUAUUAAAGAUUGCGAUAGACCUGAAGAGUGUAUCAUUGUAGUUUCAGAUAUUUCGAAGGGAAGAAAGAUUUUUAUUCUUCCACAAUGGAAAGAAGAAGGCGUCCAUGGUGGCUUAAGAUUUUCUCUAAAAGAAUGGAACCCAGACUUGCUUUCCGGAUUUGCCUUUUCAUUUUUUUCCAAGAGCAGUUCUGACGAACUGGAACUUAUUAUUGGGGCUCAAAUGAACGAAAAAGUGGAAUUAUAUUUGAACGGGAAUCUUCUAGAGAGGAAAACGUUUCCCCAUUUGAUAUCGGCAGGAAAAUGGACCGAUUUUUGGCUACAAAUUAGAAGAGGCGAAAUAAUGUUGGGUUUCAAAGGAGUACCGACAGCAUUAUUCGAAUGGAGGGAGAAGAAUACUGAAAAACCGUUUGAACCGAUGUUUCUUUCGUACCGUACUUUAUAUCCGUCGAUGCCAAUAGGCGUCUUUUUUAAUUGCGAGGGAUGUCAAACCGAAAACACCACUGAAAAUAACUUUUUAAAUUUUGUCCCCGUUGGUCUGCAUUCUUUAGAGGAAAACAGUCAUCAUAGAAACCUCAGUUUAAAAUUGAGAGGUAAUGGUAUUGCCUGGGUAUCUUUUAUGUGGGUCACCAAUAAUUUAAACUCUUAUUUAUUCAAGUUGGAUGCAAUCAACGGUAUGAUAGGGUGGUACAAAAUCGAAGCACCUCCUAGGGCCGCGGAAGGUUUGGUUUACCCUUUGCUAGAGAUACAGUUUCAAAUUCCAAUGGUUCCAACCACUUGGACUGAGUAUAAUUUUAGUUGGGGGCAGCGUAUUAUGGAGGUCAAAAGAAAUAACGUGACAGUGCUUCAUCAUGAAAACGAUAAAGUUUUGUUACUUUAUUGGUUCUCUGUGGCUGCUGCCGAGGGGUGGGUUACUUGGAGCGCCAACUGUGAACCUCUAGAUCUAGAUGGUCCCCCCAUCGAUGGAGCAUGGUCAGCAUGGUCCCCAUGGACUUGCACUGUAUCUUGUGGAGGAGGAGAAGGAUUUAGAACAAGGACAUGCUCGAAUCCCCAUCCAAACAUUUUUGGAAAACUUUGCCAAGGGUCUCCACGUUUUAGAAACUCGUUAAUUAACGUUAUCAUGUUAUAUUUUUUUUCUUUUAGGUCGCCCACUGCAACAGGCAGGUGCAACGACUUUCCUUGUGGCGAUAUAAGCCCAGAAACUUUGGAUACAAUCCGAAACAAUCUCCAGAAACAAAGUUAUAGUCUGGUAGUAGACGAAGACGAUCGAGUUUUGAUCUUCAACGAAAAAGACUUGUUGAAAAUAGUGAAAAAUGAAUCUCCCGAAGCUUAUUUCGAGUGGACGUUAAAUGGAAUAUUUAUAAACCAAGAUAAAAGAGUCAGUUUUGACGGAAACGACGUACUGAUCAAAAAAGCGAAGUCUUCAGACUCUGGAACCUAUGUGUGCAUGAUCUAUCGCAUAAAUCGGCGUAGAGUGGUGCUAAAAACCGUUUCUUUAGCUGUAAAAUCGAAAACAUUUGACGUAGAUUCCAGGGAAACUUGGUACUAUACCCUGCAGUGCCACGCAGUAGUUCUGGGUUACAUAUACACCGAUUUAAGUCUAAAACUUGUCAUUGAUGAGAAAGUUUACAAAGAUUACGGUGUAACUACUUUGGCAGCUGUAAAUUCUUAUUUUUUUGAUCCACUUAAUCGGUCUCACACCGGUUCUUGGAGGUGUGUGGUGGAACAGAAAGACUUGGGUUUGAAGUGGGUGACGAAUUAUGUGAAGAUCAACGUGAAAAAACGGCCUAAUUUUUACACGAACUUGAUGGAAGAUAGAUUGACGGCUCCGAUCUUUGGAGGACUUAAAGACGAAAAUGCCGUGUUUGUUGUAGUUCUUUUGUUUACUGUUUUUGUUGUUUUUUGUGUGGGGAUAUUUAUAUAUUUAUAUAUGAGGUUUUGUACUCUCAAAUCUCGUUAUAAAAGAAAUAGAAGGCUGUAAAAAGUUAAAUGUAAUUUUUUACUUCCUGGAAGAAUUUUAUUUACUUUUCUGUACAUAUACCCUGCUGGCAAGCGAAACCUUGGGUCGGCGUUUACAUGUGAAUCGCUAUGGGAAUCUAGUAAGUCAGAGACUUCUUAAGGUCAGAGAGAACAAUAAUACAAGUAUUUAUUACAUAACCUCUUAAUCUGGCGCUAGAUUCCAUGCGCUUGGGAAAGUACUUUCCUUCUG